UAACCAUCUGAAAAAAAAUAUGCUUCGAACUCUAGACUUGGCCCGGUAUGAAAGCUACCUGCUUGAGCCCUGCUGGAAGGCAGGCGCCGCCAAAAGCCUACGAGCAACAGGUGUUGGCCGAAAUGAGAUCGCUGCGGUGAACAUAGUGGCCUGCUGCAAGCAGAUAACUGAUUUAAUAGAUGAAAAUAAAUUAAGAAGAAACGAGACCAGGUCCUUGAACACACGUUCCAAAGGAUAUGUUAAUUUUAAGGGCAUUACGCGUCUCACCCAUGGAGUGGUCCAUAUAUACAGGAGUCAAGUGGACACAUUGUUGGAUGAUGCGAAACGUUUGCUGGAUCAAAUGAAUCACACAACGUUCGACUUUGUGCUCACUACGAAGAAAACGGUGGUGAUGAAACAGGCAGAAGGGCGAACCCACCGAAAACGCAAGCACGUUAUAACCAAACAGGCCAGGGUAACUCUCUCGAAGUGUCCAAGAAUCCAAGAGCCCGCGCUGCUGGAUGAUGAUGUCUUGAAUCACUAUCGCGCCCUUAUGACUGAUUGCCAGGUGUGGAAGGCAGAGAGCACACAGGAAGUCGUAGAAGAGUCCAUUGAGCUGCCUCGAAUGGUUCAAGAAACAAACUUGACCAUCACCGAAGAGUUUGCUGUCUAUGAAGAUCAUAGUUCUGUAAAGGAAGAGGGAUUUGGAGACGCCGGGCAGGUGGAUUUGACUAUAUUUGAAGAGCUCUACCCCUUAAAGUCCUUAAGGCAUCACUCUUUGAGCCCGAAUUUAACGCACACUUUAGAUCCCAAAUUGGAUAAGAGUAUCAAUCCAUUUGGAAGCUCAAUUUCUGAUAGUGUUAUUCAGACGAUAAUUCAGGAUAAUAGUACUACAUCAGCGACUACUGUAUACCACCGGGAUGCAGAUGCAUCCUCGUUACCGUCACUUCCACCGCGCUCACCCACCGAUAUCUAUGUACCUAGGAAAAAGUUAAAAAAACGAGGCAAACAAAAAAAAUUAAUAGUUGACAAAUGUAUCAAAUAUUCUCGUGAUGAACUAAUCAAGCACAGACAUCAGUACCUAUAUAAUCACAGGAACAAAGUUUUAAAAGCACCGUCUCCCAGUAAGCUACUAAAAAGUGAGAAAAAACUUCUGUCAACUCUGAAGAACAACUUUAUCUUUCCAGAUUUUUUAAAAAGACGUCAGAGCCAUACAUUAACUGUAGAACAAAUGGAAACCGACUGUGAGAGUAUAUUAAAAACGAUUUUUGGUGACGACUAUACUGACACUCUGGCCAAGGAUGUAUUUGGUGGGCUUUCGGAACUGCUCAUAGCAGCUAAUCCAGGAGAAAUAGCUGCUGCUGUUCCGCCUAUGUCAGUUGGAGAUAUUGAAAACAAUACACCGCCUCCACUGUUGCCUGUAAAUGUGAAGGCGGUAACUCCCGUCAACAACAAUCAUUUCUAUAAGCAUAAAACAACAAUCUACGAGGAUAAUCCAUUUGACAGCCACGACGUAAUGAUGGACCUUUUGGACACAUGGCGCCACUUUCCAGACCUCAAAGGAAUAGAUGCAAAUGAAUUCAUCAAGUCAUUUCCGCACCGCACUAAAGCGGCCCUGGCUUUCAGUCACCUCUUAACUCUCGUACGUGACAAUUUCAUAAGUAUCUCGAAAAGGCCAAACUCCAAUGAAAUGGAUCAAAUAACACUGGGCGAACAGUCCAAUGCCCUAAUUGUAAAUGUAGCGCUGGACAAGCAGUCAUAAUUUUGUUUUUUUUUUGUAACAAUUUAACGAAAUUGUUACCGACUAUUUUAAGAAUUGUUAGAAAAGUCCCAUGCGUGUAGCAAGGGCAUUUUAUCAUUAU